CUUUAGUAAUUUGGAAAAAGGCUUGCAGAUGGUGAUUGUCGUAGAUGAUGAAGACAGAGAAAAUGAGGGUGAUCUAAUAAUGGCAGCACAAUUAGCGACACCUGAAGCAAUGGCCUUCAUUGUAAAACAUGGAACUGGAAUUGUGUGUGUAAGUAUGAAAGAUGAAGAUCUAGACCGGCUUCAACUUCCACUAAUGGUGCCACCGAAAGAAAAUGAGGAGAAACUCUCUACUGCUUUCACUGUUUCUGUGGAUGCAAAAUAUGGUACCACAACAGGUGUAUCCGCUCGUGGUAGGGCAAAAACAGUAUUGGCUCUGGCAUCCAAAGAUUCAAAACCUGAGGAUUUCAAUCGACCUGGACAUAUUUUCCCACUGAAGUAUAGAGAAGGAGGGGUGCUUAAAAGAGCUGGCCAUACUGAAGCUUCUGUUGAUCUUGCUGUUUUGGCUGGGUUGGACCCCAUUGCUGUUCUUUGUGAAAUAGUGGAUGACGAUGGUUCCAUGGCCAGGUUGCCGAGGCUUCAGCAAUUCGCUGAGGCUGAGAACCUAAAGAUUAUAUCCAUUGCCGAUUUGAUCAGGUAUAGAAGGAAGAGAGAGAAACUGGUGGAGCUAGCUGCCGCUGCACCAAUACCAACAAUGUGGGGACCUUUUAAAGCCUACUGUUUUAAGUCUGUCUUGGAUGGUAUUGAGCAUAUUGCCAUGGUCAAAGGUGAUAUUGGGGAUGGGAAAGAUGUUCUUGUCAGAGUGCACUCGGAAUGUCUCACCGGCGACAUAUUUGGGUCAGCGAGAUGCGACUGUGGCAAGCAGUUGGCACUUGCAAUGAAGCAAAUUGAGCAAGCUGGAAGAGGCGUGUUAGUAUAUCUCCGUGGACAUGAAGGACGGGGAAUAGGUUUGGGGCAUAAACUUCGCGCUUACAAUCUUCAAGAUGAUGGGCAUGACACGGUUGAAGCUAAUGAAGAGUUGGGAUUACCUGUUGAUUCUCGGGAGUAUGGCAUUGGUGCACAGAUACUUCGAGAUUUAGGUGUUCGUACAAUGAAACUGAUGACAAACAACCCUGCAAAGUAUGUUGGGCUCAAAGGAUAUGGUCUGGCAAUUGCAGGUAGAGUUCCGCUGUUGGCGCCUAUAACUACAGAAAAUAAAAGAUACUUAGAGACCAAACGUGUGAAAUUGGGGCACGUAUAUGGUUCCGAUGCCAAUGGCCACAUUAAUGGUUCUGAAGUUUGUAGAGCGAGCAGCGAUGAAAGAUCUGACAAUGCUGCCUGAGAGUCAUCUGAACAUCCUCAGCAAAGUCCUAUAUUGGAACUGAACAAGGUUGUUCUUUAGCUGAUCUGAUUUGGGAUUCAAUUUUUUGACUUACAUUUCUGGUAGCUGUUUCCAACAUUUUUCGUUUAGCCCUGUUGGUUAAUGUACUACUUUUCUUUUUUCUCUUGUAAAAGAUUUGAAAGAAAGGGUGAUUACAAAAACUUUUAAGUUA